AUGUCGAACCAAAACAAGCCACAGCCGCCAAAACCUCUGAUGAAGCAACAGUCUUUGCCACCAGACAUAAACCGCGAAGAGGCUUGGCUGCGAAUGAAGAAAAAGCAUCCAUCGGCCCGUCUUCAUCGCAGCAAGAGCUGCGUCACAAACGACGAUAUCGAGGAGCUCAGAGGCUGCUUCGACCUAGGGUUUGGGUUUGAGCCAGAUUCUCUUGACUUUAAUCCAAGUCUCUCCAAAACAAUCCCAGCUUUGGAUUUGUACAGCGCCAUUCACAGACAGUACAGCAACCAUUUGUCUCGGACAUGGUCGUCUACGUCGGAACGUGACGUCAACUCUAGCACCACGACUAUCGUCAACAAAGUUAUGUCCGAAGAAUGGCAUUUUUGUAAUAUAAUUGUUAAAAGGCUAUUUCAAUUAAUGUUUCUGUAUUUGACUGUUAGUCAAGUGAGGUUUGUGAAGUAACCUAAGUGGAUAUGACAAUGUCUGGUCAAACUUAAUUGGAACCGAAGAAACCUUAAUUAUCGAAUGUGAUUUCUUAUG